GCCCAGCGCGUGGCGGGGGCGCGAGGUGGAGCCGGCGGGGGCGGCCAAUGCGAAACUGGCUGGUGCUGCUGUGCCCGUGUGUGCUCGGGGCCGCGCUGCACCUCUGGCUGCGGCUGCGCUCCCCGCCGCCCGCCCGCGCCUCCGGGGCCGGCCCCGCAGAUCAAUUGGCCUUAUUUCCUCAUUGGAAAUCUAGUCACUAUGAUGUGGUAGUUGGUGUGUUGUCAGCUCGCAAUAACCAUGAACUUCGAAAUGUGAUAAGAAGCACCUGGCUGAAGCAUUUAAUACAACAUCCAUCAUUAAGUCAACGUGUGCUUGUGAAGUUCAUAAUAGGUGCUCAUGGCUGUGAAGUGCCUGUGGAAGACAGGGAAGAUCCUUAUUCCUGCAGAUUGCUCAACAUCACAAAUCCAGUUUUGAACCAGGAGAUUGAGGCAUUCAGUCUUUCUGAAGACACUUCAUCAGGGAUUUCUGAGGACCAAGUUGUCAGCGUGAGCUUCCGAGUUCUCUACCCAAUUGUCAUCACCAGUCUUGGGGUGUUUUAUGAUGCCAACGAUGUGGGUUUCCAGAGAAACAUCACAGUCAAACUUUAUCAGGCAGAACAGGAGGAGGCCCUCUUUGUGGCUCGCUUUAGUCCUCCGAGCUGUGGUGUGCAGGUGAACAAGCUGUGGUACAAGCCUGUGGAACAGUUCAUCCUGCCUGAGAGCUUCGAAGGUACCAUUGUGUGGGAGAGCCAAGACCUCCAAGGCCUUGUGUCAAGAAAUCUCCACAAAGUGACUGUAAACGAUGGUGGGGGAGUUCUCCGAGUCAUUACAGCUGGGGAGGGCGCCUUGCCUCAUGAAUUCAUGGAAGGUGUGGAGGGAGUUGCAGGUGGUUUUAUUUACACCAUUCAGGAAGGUGAUGCACUCUUACAAAACCUUCAUUCUCGCCCUCGAAGACUUCUUGACCAUAUGAGUAAUCUCCACAGGGAAGACGCCUUACUGCGGGAGGAAAGCCGUUUGUAUGACGACAUUGUUUUUGUGGAUGUCGUCGACACUUACCGAAAUGUUCCUGCGAAAUUACUGAACUUCUAUAGAUGGACUGUGGAAACAGCCAGCUUUGAUUUAUUGCUGAAGACAGAUGACGACUGUUAUAUAGACUUGGAAGCUGUGUUUAAUAGGAUUGACCACAAGAAUCUGGAUGGGCCUAAUUUUUGGUGGGGAAAUUUCAGGCUGAAUUGGGCAGUUGACCGGACCGGUAAGUGGCAGGAGCUGGAGUAUCCCAGUCCUGCCUACCCAGCCUUUGCCUGUGGUUCGGGGUAUGUGAUCUCCAGGGAUAUCGUCCACUGGCUCGCCAGCAAUGCGGGCAGGCUAAAGACCUAUCAGGGUGAAGACGUAAGCAUGGGCAUCUGGAUGGCAGCCAUUGGACCUACGCGGUACCAGGACGGCUUGUGGCUGUGCGAGAAGACGUGUGAGACGGGAAUGCUGUCCUCCCCACAGUACUCGCCACAGGAACUGCAGCAGCUGUGGAAACUGAAGGAACUGUGUGGGGACCCCUGUCAGUGCGAAGCCCCAGGAGGAGGAGUGUAGUCUGCUUGCUGGAGGACGUGGGGACAUGAGGGAGGAUGUGAGUGUAACUUUUGAGCAGAGCGCACAGGGGGCAACAGAUGAUGUGGGCUUUCAGGCUGGCUCUAGGUUGGCACUUUUCACCUGUCGCCAAUGUCCUCUUUCCAAAUGUUUGCACAGAACUUCCUUGUUAAAAAUCAACUGAUACUGUAGUGUAGGAAAAAUUUUAUUUCUAUAUUGGAAGACCAUUUGAAAAACACCAAAUUGUUAUAAAACAAAAAACAUUUCUAAAACCGGAUGUAUCAUUUCUGUUUGUAAUUCACUACCUGUCACUUUUGGUUAAAAUUGGCCUCAUUCAGAAAUCUUAAGUAACCAAGUAUGUGAAUCCAUCCUGGAUCACAGAAGAGCUCUGUGAGGCAGAAUUAGGAUAAAAGCAACUCCCAGAAUGCUGUGUUGUCACAUAUACCAAAGUUUGGGGUUUCUGGAAAUGUCCAAAUGAAGUGGGCAACUGGAAAGGAAACCCAUAUAAUUCCCAGUUCUGGACCUUGGUGUUUUUUUUUGUUGUUGUUGUUGUUUUUCUUAUGAUAGUCACACAGAGAGAGAGAGAGAGAGAGAGAGAGAGAGAGAGAGAGAGAGGCAGAGACACAGGCAGAGGGAGAAGCAGGCUCCAUGCACCGGGAGCCCGACGUGGGAUUCAAUCCCGGGUCUCCAGGAUCGUGCCCUGGGCCAAAGGCAGGCGCCAAACCGCUGCGCCACCCAGGGAUCCCAUGGACCUUGGUUUUAAAGUUCACUUAUUAAGUGAGCUAAUUCCACUUUUCUUUUACCAUUUAACAUAAAUCUUGAAGGUCACAGUCUAGUACUAUUUAAAAAAAAAAAAAGUUAAAAUUCUGUGGCUAUAAAUCAGAUACCUCUCAGGGUUUUAGUGACGUAGGGAAGGAUCCUGCUAAGUAAUGGACACUCUGAAAGAAUUUUUUUCCUUCUGUCAUUGCCUAAUGUUUACCUAAUAGACGCGAAUUCCAAUCAGAGCUGGAAAUCUUCUAUAGAAAAUAUGCUCAGUUCAGGUACUACUGUAGGAAAGUACUCUAAAAACAGUGUAACAGAGGGGCAAGAUCACAGCACACAUGUUACACAAAGAGGUGCCUCCCUAAGUUUACUGGACAUUUCCCAAAAUCUGUCCAAAUCAUUUUGGUAACCUUUUAAACGAGUAAUAGCAAUAGAAUUCCAUUCAAACUGGUCUUAUGACCAACGUAACUGUGUUCAGAUUUCAUUAGACUAGCUAGGUUCUAUUUAAUAUUUUAUUGAAAUGUGUAGUCACGAACUAUAAAUAUGAAAUAAAAUCAGAGACUCAUUAGUAGGUGCAAAGCCUUUAUUACUGCUGUUAUAUACAAGCCUAGAAAUGGUCUGUUUCCAAUGAAAAAUAUCACCUCUUCUGUACUUAGGGCAAGCUGUAAAACCUCUUUUUCUGCCAGAAUUGUUCCAAUAAGUCUUUUACGUCCAGUGACUCCCAGUUACCAUCGCACCAAUAGACAGUCUCCACUUUCCACAGAAUAAAACUGUAAUGACUGCUGGUCAUUUUCUAGUCCGAUCUCUCUGCCGGGCAUCUAAAAACAGAACAAAGGGUUGCAGUGAUAAAGACAGGUCCAUCCUAAUACCUGUGUCUCCCUCAUCCCCAUUUAGAAGCAAUUCGUGUCCCAGGGCACCCUAUCCUAACAGCGGGUCACACCAGGGGGACCUGAGCUGGACUUUGUGUUCUGCUGGGCCACUUACUUUGGGACUUUCGUAGGACAGCAGGAGUUCUGACACAGGAACUCUGAGAAGACGUGCCAGCAAUCCCUUCACCUUUUGAAUUGUCAUGGAGGCUGUCAAAGAAUAAAACACCCUCAGCUCUCUCAAAUGACAGUUACCUAUAAAACUAGCUCACCUGACAAGCCCCCCAGUCGCAGUGCUUCACAGUAUCAGUUUACCCAGGCAGACCAUUAGGGGGAGGCUCGCCUGCCCCUCGGACCGAGAGCUGGCUCCACACCCCUACCUGGCAUGUGGGAAGCUGUGGGAAACAGCCAAUGUUUGACCCAAGUGCCCUUUGACAAUGGGUUUUCAUUCCUUUGCACUGGUGUUUAAUAUUCCCUCCUUGAUAUGAAUAAACCAGAAAUCACAUUCUCUGCACCAAGGGGUAAAUAUGAGUAAAAUUAACUUUCUAAACUUCUGUGAUCACUCACGAUGGCUGAGAAAAUGGGGGCUCAGGCAUCCAGAGGGCACCUCUCCCCCUCCCUCUGCGCACUGAGUGUGGCCCACAGGCUCCUUGCGAGCACGCCUAGUCUGUGAAGAUUAUAACCCGUAACUGUGUUCCACAUGUGCACGCAACUGCUUCAGGAGCAAAUGCUUUGGUUUGUUCACAAAAUGCUAUGAACUUCUUUCCAAAGAUGGGUUGUGGUAAAUACUGGAUAUUUUGAAGGUGAGAAAUAGAGUUUCUUUGAAGCUUUAGCUGGAGGUACAGCAAUAGUAUGGUGUUCCUACAAAUCACAUGUAUUCAAAUAUUUUUCUAUCAAAAAUGAUUUUUGUAAAAGCUGUCUGUGUUUUUAUGCAACUUGUGAUAAUAAAUGUUAUCUUUAUUUUAGAAUAAAAACUGGCCUUGUUUAUGUGUUAAAUAUAAA